AUGAACGGAGCACCUCGUUCAGCAGCGACUGCAGCUUCCAAAAAGACCAAGGCCAGACUAGCCCUUUCAGACCCCAGGGCCCAGAACAGGAGCCCUCAGCCGGCUGCACAUCUUGUCGAGGGGAACCACGUCUUGCGCGACAUCGACCGGGCUCCGCCAGGAGACAUCGUCCGCAAGACGAGCGAAUCGCAGUCAGGAGCCGACCUAGCCAGAAAAAGCAGCAAAAAGAACUUCUUCGAGGAUGCCUUCUCGGUGUAUACAGGCAGCUCGGCAAGGGAAUGGGUGCACGGCGACGCCAUGGUCCUGGCCGAGGUCAAGACCAACGUGAUCAUUAGCGACGAAUACACCUUCAUCACUGAGUUCUCGUACCAGCUCUCGACGCGGUACCAGCGGCCCGUCUCGUCCAUCGUCGUCACGCUGCAGCACGGCGCCUGCAUGUCCUUUGGCGGUUCGUUUGACCCGGCCUAUGUCAUGUCGGUGUAUGCGCUGCCGUCGCAGCUACUGCCGACGACCAACAAGCGGAACGCCGCGCUGAUACAGAAGCACAUGCACGGGGCGCUGGGCGUGGACCCGGCUCGAGGGUUCCUGCGGUUCGUGCCCGUCCCGGAGGAGCACCUUGCGUGCAAUGGCAAGACGAUGGCGGGGGAAAUCGACGAGUUGGAGAGGAGGUUAUGCGAGGGAGGUGAUGGAAGGGGAGUGGACCCUCCUCAGGCGGAGCAGAGGGCGAGGAAGAAGAUGAGUGUCAAGUCUCUUGCAGCGUUUCGACUCCCGCCAGCGGCAGACAUGCCCACGGCUAAGAUGACACCGCCCACUAGCGUGGACGAAGGCUGGCCGGCGGCGUCACAGUUCACAACCGGAGGGGCCAUCGAACCGGGGCCUACUCACUCUCCUCAACCAAAGUCGACCCAGAGGAAGACGAGCUUCGUGGCUACCAUUUUCGGUCGGUCCACCAAGUCUUCGAGCAAGUCGGUUUUGCCGGCAAUUGCGGAUGAGCGGUAG